AUGUCCUCCUCGCUCAAGACCGUCGGCAUGCGCCUCUCGGGCUCCCUCGCGAGCCGCUGCUGCCCUCGGGCUACCACCAUGCUCGCCACCGCUGCUCGUCCCAUCUGCCUCUCCCAGCAGAACCGCUCGAUUUUCCCUGCUGCGCCAUUCGCCCGUGCCAACUCCAGCUUGGCCUCGAACACCCCCGCCGCCGAUAAGGUUCCUGCACUCGACUGGAACACCUUCUUCAAGCUGCGCCUGCGCCGCCGCCGUAUCCAAGUCUUCUUCUCCGCCAUUACAGGUAUUGGUGGUUUCGUCGUGGGUGCCGGCCUUCUGUCCUCGGGUAUCGCCGACUCUCUGGUCAGCCAGGUGCCCCUCGACCCGUUCUUCACCCUCGGAGGACUUACCAUUGUGUUUGCUGGUGCGGGCUGGCUCAUCGGACCUAGCAUCGGCAACCAGGUUUUCUAUCUUCUGAACCGUCAGAUCAGGUCCCAGAUUCACAAGAAGGAGGAUCAAUUCUUGGCAAGGAUAAGGAAGAACCGAGUUGAUCCCACCAAUUCGAGCGCUUCCAACCCAGUGCCCGAUUUCUACGGUGAAAAGAUUCAGAGUGUUCAGGGUUACCGACGAUGGCUGAAGGAUCAGCGUGCCUUCAACAAGAAGAAGACGGCCAACUUCGUGUAA